GGGUUUGGGUAUUGGGAUGUGAUGCUGAUGAGUGAGGCGAGGUGUUUUUCCUCUUCAAACACGCUCCCGCCAAAGACACGAAGGUGCGUUUGUGGUGUUUUUGCUGUUUGGAAGAAGCAAAGGGAUGAGUGCUGUGAACAUCACCAACGUCACCGUCCUCGACAACCCUGCUUCCUUUCUCACUCCCUUUCAGUUCGAGAUUUCCUACGAGUGUCUCGCCGCUCUCAAAGACGGGAACGAACAUAAUCCAAAUUAUCAUGGCACAUUUGGGUCUAAAAGUUGUAAUAAAGAUUUGGAAUGGAAGCUCAUAUAUGUUGGAUCUGCUGAGGAUGAGACCUAUGAUCAAUUAUUAGAGAGCGUCCUUGUUGGUCCCGUCAAUGUUGGGAACUAUCGCUUUGUUUUACAGGCAGAUCCACCAGAUCCAUCAAAAAUUCGUGAAGAAGAUAUAAUUGGUGUCACGGUGCUUCUGUUGACAUGCUCUUAUCUGGGUCAGGAAUUUAUUCGUGUUGGCUAUUAUGUGAACAAUGAUUAUGAUGAUGAGCAGCUGAGAGAAGAACCUCCACCAAAGGUUUUAAUUGAUAGGGUUCAAAGGAACAUUUUGUCCGAUAAACCAAGGGUCACAAAGUUCCCCAUCAAUUUCCACCCUGAGAACAACGAAAAUGAAGAGCAACCCCCUACAUCUGAGCACCCAUCUGAAACUGGAGAAGAUCCACUUGCCUUAGUUGAUCGUGAUCCUCCAGAUGAGAAGGGUUCUUAACAUUUUGUAGGUAUACAGACCUUUCAAUUCCUAAAUCUCCAACAUUACAUUCACUGUAUGGGUUAUGAUGCCGCUUUUGUGAAUCUCUGUUCGAUGAUGUGAAUGAGAUUUGAGUUCUUUUGGGAGUAGGGGCCAUGUAGCACUAGGUUCAAAAUGUUUGUAAUGUAUGAAAACAAGUUUCUUUGAAUGAAGUUUUGCAAUGCAAACCCGACUUUAUGGAUUA